CUCUUUGGCCGCUGUGGUCAGAAAUCGAUGAACGUUUGUACGCCAAGCGCACAAACACACCGGCGAUCGGCGAGAUCGCCAACUCAGUCGAUCGUGAGUUUUUGCGCGCAUAAGAUCAGACUGCAAGCGCUACGCACAGGAAGCAAAAGUGAAUUGCCAGUGAUUUGCAGUACCAUUCCCCAAUCGCAAACGCAUCCAGCGAUCGGGACCAUUAGUUGAUGUUUUUUGCAAAGUGUAACGCUACAGCAGUAACGCUACACACCCACGAUGACGAAAGCUGUAAACGCCGGCUGGAAGCUGGACAGUGAUGAUAAAGCGUGCUACAUCGAGGUGGACGAGAAUGAGAACGAAACCGUCGACCGGUCGGACGAGAACGAUUCCAACAAUGACGACCCGGACCAUUGCUGGACGCAGUGGAGUAAUUUACCGGAUCACAUCCUCGAGCGCAUCUUCUCCCAUCUCACCAUCAAGGAGCGGUACUACGCGAGCCUGACCUGUUCCGGUUGGUAUCGCGCGUUCUAUCUGCCCCACGUGUGGUCUAACUUUCUGGUCGAGGACGCGACGCUCGGCCGGAUGCGGUACAACUACUACUCCGGCUGGCAGCCCGUGCUCGAUCACGCCCGCCUCCAGAGCUGCCUGCUGUCCGUCGGUCACCUCAUACGCGGGCUCGACUUCCGGCCGCAGGUAAGCUUCAACAACAUGUUCCAGUUCAUGUCGCUCAUCUCGUGGGCGAUGGAGCAGAACGCCCGGACGGCCGGGUGUCCGCGCGAGUGGGUCGGCUGCGGUUCGCGCAUCCGCUCGCUCAAUUACCUGUUCCCGUGCAAUAUGGCCAUGAGCGAGGAUCCGGAGUCAAUCAAGCUGUUCGGUACGGGCGGUCAGCUGCUGGCCGCACUCAAGCGGCUGAUGCUCUGCCUCACCAACCUGCACUCCCUGUCGCUGGUCGACCUCUUCCUCGAGCGGUACGAGGCGAACCAUCUGCUGGACGAGGUGCUCGAGUCGUGCUGUCUGGUGCUGCGCCGGCUCUGCCUCGUCAACGUGACCAACGUGCACUGUCCCAUCAUGCACAUCGGACUGUUUCUCAAUCUACAGGUGCUGGUCGUUUCACCGCAGAACAUUGACGACGACGUGCUGAUGCUGCUGGCCGACUCCAAGGUGAAGCAUCUCACCCUGCUCCAGAACCGCUACACACCGCCCGCCCUCGCCAUCAGCCCGUGCUCGGCCAAGGCAUGGCUGACGGUGCGGCAGGAUAACCCGAAGCUGCGCGUCCACCUGUGCGUCGAGUCCACCACCAACGCGGUGGUCCUGCUGCAGCCCGAAGCGCCCGUCGCUAGCAUGAUUUAUCAGACGCCCAAAACAAUGAUUACUUCGGACCAGCUGGUGGCGGCCGUCGAUGCCUACAAGUACACGCUGACCGUUUACGGGCACGAGCAGCUGCCCGCGACCACGGCCGAAGCGGUCGGCGACGGCGAGUUCCAGGAGCGCCCGGAUAGUUUGCUCCUGCUGCUGGCCCGCUCCUGUCCCGGUUUGAACGCGCUGAUGGUGCGGGAGUGCAUCUCAACGGCCACGAUCCUGCUGAUUGCCACAUCGGCACAAAACCUGCGCCAUCUCUACAUCAACCGGGCCCAGGUUCGGUUGGGCUGCGAUUGGCCCCGCAGCCCCGACUGGACGGACGAGUUCUACGGCUGGCUGCAGUCGACGGCGGCGUCGAUCGAAGCGACCGAACAGGAAGUGUCCCGCAUACUGGACCACCCCUACUGGCAUCUGCUGUCCGAGGAGCAGUUCCAGAUGGCGUCACUAACGCGACAUGUAGCCGUUUGAGUGUUUCCACUCCCUUUUUUUUUGUACUCCGACCUCGUCUGUUUCUCUUUGCUGCGGAAGUUGAGAAGCAAAAGUAUACGGGUGCUGGACACCGGAUUACAUCCUUCAUAUAUCCCACCGAUCCAUGAAGAAUAACGCCGGGCGAUAGGGUGGAAUGGAAAGAAUCGACGAAAGCUCACGCUCACUCCCGCUGUGCCAAGUUCACCAAUGCCCCGUGGGCACACACCAAUGGGAGUGAAAGAGUUUUUAAUUAAGCAAAAAUAAUUGAACAAUUUUUCUUCCAUCACGGAGAGAAGAAGGCAGGCAACGGGAGAGAGAGAGAGAGAAAGUGAGGGAAAUUAUUUUAUCAGCAUGGCAUAAUUAUGCUGCUAAACUUUCCGCCAAGUACCAGAAGCGAAGGUCCCGACAUAAGACCUUUUCCUUCCGCUCAUUGCCAUUAAAAUGGCUUCGGAUGUGUCCUGCAGAGAGAAGAUUUUUUUUUUUAAAUAUUUUUUACCAACUACCAUCGGUCAAGCGUGCAGCGGCGCACUGUCGAUGAGGGGGGGGGGGGGAGGUGAAACAUUCUCCAAACAAACACACUCACACGCCAACUGCAAAUGUCAAAGGUUGAUGGUAAAUUAAACUCAACUUUUCCAUCGCCCGGCUUCAUUAUUCACGAGACACUUUUCGCCACCUGCCGGCCUGCUGGGGACGGGAAACGAUACAAGUCGCUUGACGAAUAUGCAACACAAGGUGCAAUGAAAAAUGCAUCCAUGUCAGCAAACUUUUCGACCAAACAUCCAUCCAUCACGCAGAGAAAAAGUGAGAGAGGGAGAGAGUUGAUGAUUCGUUAGAGCCGAGAGUGACCGAAAGCGUAGAGCAUACGACAUUGGUUGCCGAGGGCGUGGGCUGUCGGGAUGCAGAACUGGGAACUACUUUUUCGCCAAAAACUCACACACAGGCACCGGCACAAAACGGGAAAGAUAUUCGGUUUGCGGGAAAAACUUUAACAGGGAAAAUUCGUCAGCAGUCGAGUCAGCACGCCUCAGCAGGAUAAGGGUAGGGGGGGGGGGGGGAGAGGGGAACUAAUUGCUAACUAUUCAAUAAAAUUUUCCUAUCAACAAACACACGGCGGCAGCUAGGGGUUGUGAUUGUUGAGAAGAAACUUUCCAACCCAAGCGAUGAGAAAAGACUGCAUGCUGAUGGUGAUGGCGAUGAUGAUGGAGUUUUCUUUGGAGCACAACCAUAAUAAAUGAGUUGCGGAAGAACAGCGGGAAGAAAAUAAUUUUAAAAGAAGAAAAAUUUUAUAGGUCAUUUGACAAACAAGCGUUAAAGAGUUUUCAGUUGCUUUUCAUUUCAAUUUUAUUAACAGCUCAUUAAAGUGACGCUUGCUGACAUUGGAACGUUAUUCGAUGUGUCGCGCAGCGUCGACUUUUGAACGGAGGGGGGUUUUAGUUGAAUCAAGUUUCAUCAAAAGCUUUAUGAAAUAGUCAUUAGUUUUGCUAUAAUCAAGUUGGAAUGUUGAACUUUUUUUUGGACAGAAUGUUUAACGCUUUGAUCGCAUGGUGAAACGAGUGGGACAUUUUGCUGAUUUGUACCCCAAAUUGCCUAUUGAACUGUACCUCACUCCAUCACCAUUCCUAGUUGAAGGGGAAUGUCCUUACGAUUUAAACAGUUCUGCCCAAAAGCUAUAGGAAGCUUUGAAUUAUUAUUUUAUGAAGAAUUGUUUGGUUUAAGCUCCUGAUAUUAUAAUGCUAGUCGUAUUGUCACUAUUACACAAAUUAUGCAAAAACUUUUUGAAAUGUUACUUGUUAAUUAUUUAAAAGGCUUAGAAUUGUAAAUAAAAGUAGUGUUAAGAAUGGUACAGGUGAACCUCGAGAUACACGGUACCUUUUAUACGCGGAUUCGGAGAUACGCGGUUUUCUCAAUUUGACAGUUCUUUGAGCAAAUUGUACUGGUUUGAGUCAUCAAUUAUUAAAUGCAAAUAAAUAAAUUUGCAAAUAAAUAAAUUAAAUAAAUUUUCUUCUGGUUGAACUUGA